UCAGACGACUUAAUUUCCUUGACACUUCGCGUAUUCUUCGGGAAUAAAAACGUACAGACGAGUUCAACAGAAUGCACUGGAUUGGGCUGCUGAUUUUUUUGAGCUACUUUUCUGUGUGUUAUAGUUGUUGGUGUAUGUCAGGAUAUAAGAAAUGUCAGCCGAAGUGCUACACACAGCUUGAACUUGGCUUCGUCAUCGAUGGCUCCCAUAGCAUCAAUGUCGAGGACUCUCAAAACUUCGCUCGAUUUCUACAAUUUGUGAAAAACAUUGUAUCAUAUUUUGAUGUUGGCCCUACGAUGACACGUGUGGGAGUCGUUACCUACUCGAAUAAUGCGCAUGUGCAAAUGACAUUUGGUAGCCAUAAGUAUCUCAAAAGUACCCUGAAGGCGAUUAGUGAAAUCCCUUUUAGAGGAAGUGGGACAAAAACUGGACAAGGAUUGAUAGCUGCACAAGCGCAGCUAUUUAGUAAAAGUCGUUCAAAAGUCAGAAAGGCGUUAGUCGUUCUGACGGAUGGACAAUCCAGUGAUGAUGCAACUGGUCCAGCAAAGGCGCUAAAGAACGCUGGUGUCGAGGUAUUUGCUAUUGGCGUGGGAAACGCAUUCUGGAAGCAAGAACUAAUGGACAUAGCAAGCGAUGGACGUCAUAUUUUUACAUCAGGAUUCAAAAGUCUAAAAGCCAUCGAGAACACAGUGAAGAAUAUGAUAUGUGAUGGGCCUAACGGUACAUACAAAUGUCAGUGUCCUUGUGGAUGUGUUUACACGUAUUCAUGUUAAUACUAUGAAGGCUAGACUGACUCACUAAACCCGUGAAAAAGAUGAUAGACUAAUACACACUAGUAGACCCUAAUAGAUCCAAUCCACUGUUUUUCCAUUUCAGACCACUUGCCAUUCCCUGUUUAACGGUUGCGCAUGAGAAGACACAUGAAUAUAUUGAUACGACUCAAACAAAUAAACUUAUUCUCAAGAGACUGACACGUGGUCUGAAAUGGUCAAAACCGAUUACACCCAUGAGUGGAUUUGGACUAUUCUAUUGUUUUCUUUUGUGUCUAUUUGACUAUUACACGUUGGCUAGUAUUUUUUAUUUCACGGCUUUAAAAAUGCCUUCUCUCUAUUUGUGAUCCAGGUGAUUUUAUUGUCACGCUGAAAGAGGGUGUGACAGUUACUGAGGUCUUGAUUAGAAUCCCCAACUUAAAAAAAGAUCUAAUUCACCAUUUUCCAUACAUCGUUUCACUGGUCAAACACAAAGUAUUCAGUCGAGGUUGCAAGGUUCAAAUUUGAAUAAUCCUUUAAAAGCACCUUGGCGCCUCGCUGGAGCGCUUUGUGUUUGACUAGUGAACCAAUGUAUGGAAAAUGGUGAAUUCUGUAAUUUGACUUGCGUAGCUGCGCCAGCUUAAUGAUAUAUAUGAUCAUUAUAUUACUAUUAAACUAUUGUAUAUAGCUUCCAUUAACAAUAUAUGAGGUAAAAACGAUGUAUCUUCUAGGCAAAUUAAAUUUAUUGAAUGGCGCAUCAUCAGGGAUUGAGAAUUAUUGAUUGUUAGAACUUGUAUGCGUGAUUCUCUACAAGCGCACACAAUAUUGGCGGCUCUCUCCCGAUUACAAUUGCUGGUUUUCAACCAUUCCCAAGAGAAUGAAAUAACAAAAGAAACGGCGGACAUGUUGGAGUACAUAACAAAAGAAUUCAUUGACAAUUCGUUUGUUAAGUUCCUCCAACAUGGCCGCCGUGAAAACCAUCAAUUAUAGGAAAAAUCAAAAUACCAUGCUUUGCGCAACUAAAAUUAUCCAACAUAAGCUUAUACGUUAAAUAAAAUUUCACUUACCCAGAUGGGACAUCAUUUUUACCUCUUUCGUAUAUUUUUAAAAUAUUUUUUUGGACAAUUUGCACAGUUUAUUUUACAACAGAGUAUCACAAUACUAAAACUACAUUUUAUGUCACUACGAUUGUUUUACUUUAAUUCUUUGGAUGCCCUUGCAAUGGGCCUUUUUCACGCGGCAGCCAUGUUGGUUGGAACAAUAGAUUCUACCACUCGUAGCCUCGCAUACAAGAGUUUGAGAAUGAGUUUAUGCGGGUUAAACAAAGGUUCUUAUUCUCAUGAGGAUAAACAUGGCUGCCGUGUGAUAGGUCCAUAGACAUCUUCACCUUUGUAUGCAAAUUGCCCAUUACAGACCACUUGACAUUCCCUUGAGAAUUGUUCUUUUAUACGAACAAUCAUAAUCGAAAUCAACUCGCAAGAGUGGCAUCACAUGGUCUGAAAUGUGCACAACAAACAACAAAGCUAAGGAGGUCUAUAGAUCUAUAGGUCUAUAGGUCUAUAUGCACCAUCACAUGAUCGCAGCCAAGACAGGAGGCAGGAACAAUUGAAUCUGGUCUAAUCUGAUUUACAUGAGAAAUAAUUCAGUUUCCCAAGGGAAAAAUAAACUAUUGUUGUGCCUUCUGUCAUGGCUGUCAUCACGUGAUAGUGUAAAGCCUCUUUUGAUCUUGAUACUGUCAAUUUAAUGACAGAUAAAUAUACUGACUUAAUUCGUGGACGGUAAUGUGUGGUAAUUACUUUAAUGUUUAAAAUAACAAACUUCGUGUGUAUAAGUACAAAAUCAUUUUGCUUUUAUAAAUAUUUAGAGUAAUGAUGUUUGGUCAUUACUUAAUAAAGCGUUGUGUGAGUCAA